AUGUCCUCCGACAAGUUUGAACUUAAGCCAUUGAGAGAGCUGGGUUUGUGCCUCAAUACCGGGGUACCAUCGAGCAACGUUGUCAUCGCCGAGGUCUGCAACGAGACGCGCGGGGGACUUCCGCUACUUCAGGUAUGGCCCAGCGACUCGCCCAGAGCCGACACCGACGGACAGGCCCAAGCUUUUGUGUUCCCAGACGUGCAGGAAAGUGUCAACGACAGCGGCAUCGAAUCCAUCCAGGCGUCGCCGUCGCCAUGCGGUGCUACCUGCAACAGCCCGGCGAUGACGCCGCAGCAAUCGCGUCGCGCCAGCCUGCUGCAUCCGGAUCACGCGCGGCUGCAGCUGCAUUAUCUUCAUCACAACCACCAUAGCGCGGGAUCGAAGAGUCCGCCGUCGCCGGACAGGACGUCUAUAGACGAGGACCACGAGGACCGGCCCGCGCCGCCGAGUCCCUCCAGUUCGACCACCAGCAGCCUGCGAUCGAUGCCGAGCUCGGCGAUCGUGUCGAUGCACUCGCAGGACAGGAGACGCAGCAGCAGCAGAUACAGCAUGUUCGACGCUCUGGAUCUGGAGUACGCCCUACUGAGGGCGGCGGCCCGCGGUUCCGUGGGCCCGUACUCCCUGUCGGAGUCCCUCCACAAGCUGACCUUCACCCAGAGCCUGGCCUUCCCCGCCCUGGCGCGCGGUCUCGCCGCCAAGCAGAGCGGCGUGCCGAGCGGCAGGUCCCAGCAGCCGACGGAGAGCGGGCUGAACGCCUUCGCCAAGGUGGUGACCGCGAUGGUGCUGAUGCUGGUGAGCGUGCUGGUGUUCGGUGUGGUCUACAAGUUCGCCAAGACGUGA